AUGUCAUUAGUAAAGGAUUCAACCCCAGUACAGCAUUCGUCUAGUUUAAACGAUACUUCAGCUUCACUACUAAAAAGAUCCACCUCCACAAAACUCAAGAAAUCAGAGUCAGAAUCAGAAGUAUCCAAUAAGAAGCCUAAAGUUACAAGAAGAUCAGUUGCUUGUAAAAGCUGCCAUUCUUUAAAAGUUAAAUGCAGUCCAUCUGAUCCGAAAAACCCUGCCUCACCUUGUAUAAGAUGUGUCAAUGCUGGAAGAAGAUGUGAUAUCGAUUUAAAUCAAACCCGCAAAAGAAGAAAAAAGGCGGAAAUCUUAGAAGCAAGGAGAUUGGCUGAACUUCAACAACAUCAUGAAAGUGAAGAAGAUGACCAUGACGGAUCAUAUGAACAAGAACAGCCACAACAGCCACUUCCUACAUUGGCAAUUGCACCUAUGGCUGGCUUUUUAAGUGCCCCCGACUCAACAAGUUCUUCUGCAAUGCAAUCGGCAAUUCAAUCUUCAGUACAAUCAACUAUUCAAUCCCCCUCAAGAUUUGAUUUAAUUCCAUCUCUGAUUUCUAGAUCACAAGCAGGUUCAACUAUUCCACCAGUUCCAAGCAAUCUUAACCCAAAUUCUUCAUCUAGUCAAUCCCCUCCAUUAAUACAACAACAGGUCAAGCAACAAUCCCCAGCUUCUCAAUUAUCAUCGCCUCAUAAUGGCAAUUAUGUGGGUGAGGAAUCUGCUUCUCCUGGAUCUAAAGAUUCAGAGAUCAUACAAUUAAAACAAAGAAUCAAAUUUUUAGAAUCUCAACUAGCAACCAAAUCUCAAGUUAAUAGAUUGAGGAAUGUUGAAACAACGUCAGAUGGACAAUCUCCUCCUUUUGUUUCCAAAUUUGAUUUAGAAAGUGAGAUCAACACGUUAGCAGAAUCAUCGGCAAAAUUGACUGAUUUAACUAACCAAUUGAACGAAUCCGCUUCAAGAAGAAUCCAACUCGUAUCAGCAAAAGAGCCUGUCGAUCUUAUAUCUAAAGGGAUAAUUUCUGCUGAAGAAGCUCAGGAGAGAUUAAUUCUCUAUAGAGAGAAAAUUUACGUUCAACAUCCAGUUAUCGAAAUACCUGAUAAUAUCUCUGCAUUGGAUCUACUGCGAUCACAGCCAUUUUUGUUUAAUAGUAUAAUGUCUGCAACUAAUUUGAGGUCCCAAUACAGCAGUAUUGAUACAGCAUUAGCCAUUGAUAAUGAAGCAAUUAAAUCAAUCGCUGUUGAAGUUAUGGUUGUUGGUACUAAAUCAGUUGAAUUGGUCAAAUCUUUUUUGGUGUUGUGUUUAUAUUAUAAUUCUCCAGAAUUAUUCAGACAGCGUCGAUAUCAUAUGUUAAACACAAUUUGUGUUUCUUUGUUACACGAUUUGGGAAUAUUUGCUCGUCCAAUUUACUCCUUUAACCAACUGGAGGGAACUGUUAGACAAGAAACCCCUACUGCCGAAAAGAUGAAUGAUGAAUACCGAUCACUUGUUUUGAUUACUUAUUUCAGUACCGUGAGUAUUUGUAUCGUUUUGAGGAGAUCAAUUUACGUCAAGUGGACCCCCUAUGUCGAAGAAUGCUGUUCUAUUCUUGAGAAUUCCUCCGAAGAAAAAUACAAUAGAAUAGCAUUAUUUGCAAGAAUGAACUACAUGCUAGAGAAAAUUCAUAACCUUAUCCAUUCAUCUGAUGUUAGUGAGAGGACAUCGAACGCUGCUAGAUACGUUAUCCAAGAAUUACAAAAGUCUUUGUUAGAAGUAAAACAGAAUAUAAGGCCAAAUCAAUACGCUUUGAUGUCAUACUACUAUUCCAUAGAAGCUUAUUUGCAUGAACCAAUUUUGAGUGAAGUUUUCAGUAAUGAGAACGAAUUGGAUACAAAAGCGGUUAAAUCAUUGUGCAUCUGUACUACUUCAUGUUUGAAUGCAUUGGAUGAAUAUAGCAAGUUGACGCCCGAAGAUAUUUCAUUGAUGCCUUUUCUGUUUGGUUCCAGAGUCAUGUACACCAUUGGUAUGUUGUUGAGAUUGAGAUAUUUGAUCUUAUCCUUGCCUUCUCAUAUUGAUAAAGAAUUGGUACCUAAAAGAGCAGUUACUACUAUACAAAAUGUUAGCAGAUUAGUGGAACGUGCUAAUAUAUUGAAUCCAACAAACCAUUAUUUGACAAAAAUGAGACUAGUUUUACAAUUAUUUAUUCAGACUUAUGCAACUCAAGUUCUUGAUUUGUUAAGAAAGAAUGGAUCCACCCCACAGAAUUUUAAACCAAAUGAUUCAGAAGUUCGUCAAUUACGAGCAUUGGCGAAGGAGUAUAAUGAUGUGAGAGAGAAUAGAAAUUCAUUGGUUUCAGAUACUAGAGAAAGCGAGCCAUUAGACGUUUUAUCAUAUGCUGCAAGCUUUAGAAGAGACAAUAAUAAUGAUAAUAAUAAUAAUAAUAAUAAUAAUAAUAGAAGUAACGGUAUUUAUAAUGGAUCGCCUGGAUUACAAAAAUGUGCUUCUGAAGAAGAAAGUAGGAGAAAAUCUGUUCAUUAUCCUAAUUUUGGAUCAGUUGGAAAUUCACCAAAUACUCCUGCAUCUACCCCUGCUCCAAACAGUUUCUUGAAUGGACAACUGUUACAACAAAUCCCACAAGUGCCUGUUCCUCCGCAACUUCAAUCAAGACCAUCAGCACAAUUUCAUCAAUUUGGAGAUGUUGUGCAACCAACUAAUUUCCAAAACCCAGAAUUUAGAAGUUUGAGAUUACCUUCAAUUUCAAAUUCUUUAAAUGUCAAUAAUUUAGCUAAUCCUGAUCAAUUAGAAAACUCGUAUCAUGUUUUAAAUGAUGAAUUCUGGUCAAACUUGUUAAGUAAUGAUAGUACAACGGAUAAAAUUAAUUUCACUAGUAAUAAUUUUAAUGGUAAUUCCAUUAAUGAUGACGUUUUUUUUAUGAAUUAA